GAAAUGUUAAAUAGUAACUCAAGGCAUAAUGCUAACUUCUGUGUUGAAGAAAGUGACUCACUCCACAUGCGUGUGUAUCUAGGGAGCGAAAUCAGACAAUACAAAAACACAGAUGACACCUGAUAGACAACCACACAUCACUGAAUCUCUCUAGUGAUGACCGUGUGGAGCCACGAUAAUACAUACUGUACAUACUCAAAGGAGAAAGUGAUGGAUCAACAACACUUGAGGCAACUGAAAGCAAUGGCAGGUCUGGAAAAGAAUUCAACUGACUGUCUUCCUAUUGAUGACUACAUAAAAACAUAUUAUCUACCAGUGAUGUACAGCAUCAUUUCUGUAGUUGGACUUAUGGGAAACUUACUGGCAAUCGUAAUUUACCUGGCAAAACUAAGGCCCUGGAAGAGCAGCAGCAUUAUAAUGGUGAAUCUGGCAGUAGCUGAUCUGCUGUAUGCGUUGAGUUUACCUGUGCUGAUCCAGUUUUACAUAACCAGAAACUGGAUCUCUGGAGAGUUCAUGUGCCGUUUCAUUCGCUUCUGCUUCUACUACAACCUCUAUGGCAGUAUCCUCUUCCUAACCUGCCUUAGCAUCUUCCGUUACAUUGCAGUGGUGUACCCGCUGAAGGCUGCUGAGAUUCGGAGGAAAAGAUGGGGCAUUUUGGCUUGUCUGGCAGUCUGGGCCAUUUCCCUGGUGGAAAUUGGCCCGAUGCUGGGGAUGAUUACAGUGCAACAGAAGGACAACAUGACAAAAUGCCUUGAUUUCGCCAGUAAUGAUCCACAGGUGGUGUGGUGGUAUGGUUGGAUACUCACAGUGUUUGGAUAUGUGUUGCCAUUGCUGGUGGUGUGCUGGAACUACACACACAUUGCAGGCUCUCUGGGCAGCAGCGUAUCCAGACACAGUCCGAGUCGUUCCAGAGUUCGCAUGCUUUCCAUUCUGAUUCUGGUCGUGUUUGUACUGUGCUUCUUGCCAUAUCAUAUCAUGCGUUUACUGAGGGUGGAUAGCCUGCGCAGAACUGAAGUGUCAUGCAUGCAGAGGAGAGGCAUCCAUGCAGCCUACAUAUUGACACGACCCCUGGCUGGCCUCAACACUUUCUUCAACCUAGCACUUUAUACAUUGGCAGGGGACAAGUUUCAACAGGCUUUCUGGAGCUUUGUGCACGGGAAGGAGCGCACGAGCAGCACAAUAUCUGUAAUCCACUCUCCAAACAUGUCAAAAACAGACCUUCUGAAGAUCUGAUACAUUAAGUGUCUAUAUAUUAUGAAGUGUGUGCAUACUGUGUAUGUACUAUAUAUAAACAGUCUUGUAAGUCUUGUGCUUUCAUGCUAAAA